UAGUGAGGCAGAGAGAGGUAUGUUGUGUUGCAGAAUGAGGGAGGAGAGAAGAAGCAUAUUUAUAUCAGAACAAGGUCACUGACAUCCACUUCUAGUUAUGACUUCCCACGGAGUGAUCUGUGCAGCAACUCUGCUGACUCUCCUCGCACAAGGCUGUCUCUCACAGCGCAAUGUGUGUGGUAAACCUCCGCUCAACACCAGGAUUGUUGGAGGAGAGACAGCCCCUGUGGGCAACUGGCCCUGGCAGGCCAGUGUGCAGAGAGGCGGAGGCCACAUCUGUGGAGGGUCUCUCAUUAACAGCGAGUGGGUGGUGUCUGCUGCUCACUGCUUCAGCAGCACCAGCAACAUAGGCGUGUCUCUGGGUCUUCAGAGUCUGGAGGGAUCCAACCCCAACGCAGUGACUCGGACUGUAUCGCAGAUCAUCAUUCACCCCGACUACAACACUACGACUCUUGAAAACGACAUCAGCCUGCUGAAGCUCUCAUCGCCUGUGAAUUUCAAUGACUUCAUCCUGCCCGUGUGCCUGGCAGAGUCCGGCAGCUCCUUCUUCGAUGGCACCAACUCUUGGGUCACCGGAUGGGGCAACAUCAGAGUUAAUGUGCCCCUUCCUCCCCCGAAAAACCUGAUGGAGGUGGAGGUGCCGAUCGUGGGAAACAAAAGGUGUAACUGUAAAGUAGGGGGCACAAUCACAGAAAACAUGAUCUGUGCCGGGUUAGUGGCCGGAGGGAAGGACUCCUGUCAGGGCGACUCGGGGGGACCACUGGUGAGCAAGCAAGGCAGCCGCUGGGUCCUGGCAGGGAUCGUGAGUUUUGGAAAUGGUUGUGCCAUGGCUAAUUCACCUGGAGUCUACACCCGUGUAUCUAGUUAUCAGUUAUGGAUCAACAGUCACAUCACCAGCAACAGGCCGGGCUACAUCAGAUUUAGCUCCACCGGGACUGACAGUGACCUCAGCGUCACCUGUGAGGGUCUGCCUACGCUGCCACCUACCGUGCCCCCAACCACCAUGCAACCAACCACCAUGCCUCCAACAACCACAGCCAAACCUGUGGUCUGCGGCCAAGCCACGAUGAACUCACGUGUCGUGGGGGGAAGCUCGGUAUCAUCGGCUGGUUUGUGGCCAUGGAUGGCCAGCCUGCAGAGGAAUGGCGGCCAUGUGUGCGGCGGGACGCUGGUGUCUGUGGAUUCAGUUUUGAGUAACGCCAACUGCUUUUCAAGCUCCCCCGUACCGUCUGAGUGGACCGUGGUUUUGGGUCGGCUGAAACAGAAAGGAUCCAAUCCUUUUGAGAUGACACUAAACGUGAAAAAUAUCACUGUGAGUAACCUCACCGGGUCCAACGUGGCAGUGCUGCAACUGGAAACCAAUCCCACCCUGUCCACCUACAUCCAGCCCAUCUGCCUGGACAACGGACAGACCUUCAGCGAGGGCUCCACCUGCUAUGGCGCAGGCUGGAGCGCCGGACGAGGCGGGGAGGAAGAAGUUCUGCAGGAGUUCCAGACCUCAGUUGUGAGUUGUGGAAACGCUUCUACAAGUGACAGAAUUUGUACAGGGUCGUUCACGUUGGAGCAGGGUGACUCUGGCGGUCCUCUGAUGUGUAAGGUGGGUGGAUCUUGGUUCCAGGCGGCCGUGUUGUCCUUUGAAAACAACUCCAGAGGUCGUGCACGAGCCGAUCAGAUGAUGGUCCUGGAAAAACUGAGCACUUUUAAGAACUUCUUGGAGAACACGGUGGGAGCGUUUUUAUCACCGGCCUCCAGCAGCAACAGCAGCAGCAACAGCUCCAGCGUUAACACCACAGCCUCUACCAGCAUGACCACGGCCAGCAGCAGUGUGGACAUCCCUCACUCCUUCAUCAUGUUCUCCCAUCUCCUCCUCUUCGCCCUGUGUCUCCAACUCUUCAUAUAGAAGCUCUUUACUAACAACCUUUGAAGAAACUGGAGGUUUAUAACCUAUAACGGCUAAACAUGUGAGACCGUGAUUUUUAUUCUACUCACUCCAAAUAUCUGUGAACAGACGGGUUGUAAAAAGGGAAGCACCUUCCUUCAACAGAUGAAGUCACAUAUUUUGAAGGUUUAAUGAAUCUACCUCAUCGUAUCAAAGAGCUGCUGUGAUAUAAUGUUGAUUUCUACAUGAAGUGACUCAGCACUGAUGUGAACACACUGGAUUUGCUUUGCAAAUCCUCCAGGUGUACUUUACAUGAAUAGCUCUCAGGUU